AUGUACCUGGAAAUAUUGUCAGUAAUUUUGGGGGUCGUUGUGGCUGUAACAGGACAGGAUCCAACUGCGGCCUGUUACCCUCCAGUGUUCCAAACUGAAUAUUAUAAUUUGAUCACCGAGGACCGGGGAUUCAUCUACGUGGACUUUUCCAAGCAGAAAUUUGUGGAGGUGUCUUCUGUGAGUUCGAACAAAUACAUCCACGACUUUGCCAAGCUACAAUCCUACGCCAUAUCCGGCUCCGGCAACCACACAACUUGCAAGAAUUACACGCUCCAGCAGAGCCAGGUCAUGUACAGGUGUUUACCACCUUACGCUAAAUACGUGACGCAUGGUUCGGGGUACCUGCACCACGUGGCAUCGGAGAAGAUGUUGCUGCACACCUGGGACGUUGAGACCGAGACCGACAAAGUCAACAGAGUCGUCUUCUCCGUGGUCGGAGGGCAGCCCAACUGGCCAAUCAUGUCGCAAGAGUACGGUUACCAUGGCACCACCAACAUGUACAUCUACCUGAACCCGACACCCACCGUGAGCAACCAGAGCGUGUUUACCAUCCCCACCUCCUGCCAGACAUACGAGAUCAACAUCUCGCCCAUCAUUGGCUAG